GCGUGCGGCUGAAGGACGGAUGAACAUGAGGCGGUUUUUCCAGGCGCACAGGGACGAGGACUACAGUCAGAUUCAGUAUCUGACGGCCAAGUGCACCCGCCUGGCUCACGACAAAGCAGUGCUCGACAGGGAGUUCCUGGUGUCUAAAGAGAGGGAGCGCAAGCUGCAGAAUGAUCUGGAAGUCGCGGCCUCUCGGAUCUUCCUGCAGGAGCAGCUGAACCUGGAGCUCAGGAUGAACCAGGACCACCUCCUCAGCAGGAUCCACCAGCAGCAGGACCUGCUGGACCUGCUGCAGCGGCGCCUGGCCCUGCUGGCGGAGGAGAGCUCCCGGGACGGCGAGCUGCUGCAACAGGUCAGCUCCGAGCUCCUCUGCCUGCAGAGCUCCGAGGGCAAGCUGGAGGGCCUGGUGGUGCAGCUGCACGCCGAGGCCCAGCACCGGGCCGUGCUGACGGAGGGGCUGCACGCCGAGCUGCAGAGUCAGACUGUGGAGCUGAAGGAGCUGCAACAGGCCAACAGGUCCCUGAAGGAGGAGCUGAGGAGUCUUCACCAGGCUCACCAGCAGCAGGUCGGAGACCUGCGGCGUGAGAACGAGGGCAGCGUGAAGAAGCUGCAGCAGACGGCCGAGCAGUUCGAGUUCCUGUGUGAGCAGCAGCGCUGCUGGCUGCGCUGCGUCAAGAGGUUCGUCCAGGAGUCCGCCCCUUGACGGGCAUUAUGGGACUUUUGGCUGGAGACUAUAACUGAACUGACAGUUCUAAACAAGC